AUGCCUCCCCGUGCCAAGAAGGCUGCGGCCGCCGCGCCAGUACAGUCGCCGCGCGUGACUCGAAGCAAGCGCAAGACGGCCGACGAGAUGAUGGACGCGCCCAAGGACACGCCUGUCAAGAAGGCAAAGGUUGAGGAGGUUGAGGACCCCAAGCCUGCGUCAAAGAAGGCUGCCAAGCCCGCAUCCAAGAAGGAGACCGUCAAGGAGACUCCCAAGAAGGAGACCGCAGAGGAGCCCAAGGAGACGCCUGCGAAGACGGAGGCCAAGGAGACCCCCGCCAAGGCCACGCCCGUGAAGAAGCCUGCGUCAAAGAAGGAGACUCCAGCCAAGGCGACCCCGAAGGCGACUCCGGCAAAGGAGAAGCCCGCGUCGAAGAAGGAGACCCCCGCCAAGGCCGAGAAGCCCGCGUCGAAGAAGGAGGCUGCGAAGCCCGCUUCGAAGGCCGAGAAGCCUGAGUCGAAGAAGGAGGAGCCCAAGUCCAUCAUGAAGAAGCCUGCAUCCAAGAAGGCUGCCAAGGAGCCCACUCCCGAGCCUGAGGCUGAGGCCGAGUCGGACGACGAAUCGUUCAUCGGCGCGCCUUCGGACUCUGACGGCGCGGACAGCAGCGAUGACGAGAGCGACGCCGAGGACGUGGCAGUCAAGGCUGCCGCGGCACGGACCGAGGUCUCCAAGCUCCCUCACGCCCGCGACGAUGCAAGCGUUGCCGCGCGCCUGAAGAGGGCAUCGAAGAAGGACGCCCCGCGCGCAACUGUCUUCCUGGGUCGCAUUCCUCACGGAUUCUACGAGGAGCAAAUGAAGGAGUACUUUGGGCAGUUUGGAGAUGUGACGCGGCUGCGUUUGGCGCGCAACCCUAAGACUGGCGCUUCUCGUCACUACGCGUACAUCGAGUUCUCGUCGGAGCCCGUCGCCGAGAUUGUCGCCGACACGAUGCACAACUACCUCCUUAUGGGUCACCUGCUCCAGUGCGCGGUUGUCCCCAAGGACCAGGUUCACCCCGAGCUGUGGGUCGGCGCGAAUAAAAAGUUCCGCAAGGUUCCCCGCGCGCGGUUGGAGAAGGUCCGCAACGACAAGGCGCGGACAAAGGAGCAGCAGUCCAAGGCAAACGCCAAGGUUCUUGCGCGGCAAGACGAACGCCGUGCCAAGAUCAAGGCGGCGGGCAUUGCCUACGAGUUCGAGGGCCACUAG